CCCUCGCCCGCCCUUCUUUCACCACUGCCUUCCUCCCACCCUCCUCCCACCCCUGCACUCGACCAAGCGCCACUCUUCUGUGCUGCCUGUCCAGACCCUCUGCAAUUGCCCACCACUUCCACGUCCUCUGUCGGCCUCUGCACACCCACUCUACCCAUCCUCGAAGCGCCUGCAUCUCAAGAGCACGCCUGCCCACGAGGUCCAGUCCAUCGCUUACGCUAGCAACUACAGCCGGUCAGACCAUCUUCGCCUUCUCCGCAACUUAGCCAAAGAAUGUCAGGCUACUCUGCCAAUGGUGCCAGUGGUGGCGCUGGUGGUGGUGGCGGCGGCGGCGGCGGCGGCGGCGCCUCGAAUCUGCCUGGCUCCUUGAUGCCCUCCAGACGGGCGCCACCAGUGCCUCGACCCUCUCAGCCAAUGCAAGCAUCGGGCAGCAGUAACGGCAGCACUUCUUCCGGCACCUCGUUCGUACCUCCCCUCUCACAGUACGCCUCCAACGGCUCUUCAGCCGGUACCCACGGUUUGGGUCAAGGACCUGGCGUCGGCGGGGGUUCCUAUACCGGACCUUUGCGACCCGCCGGACCCGGUGCAGUCGCAGGAGGCGGCUGGAACGACAAUUCCUCUUCCGCCGGCGGGGCAGGCCCUUCCACCAACAGCAAUGCUGGUGUGGUGAGAAGAGGGUAUGUAUCUGUCAAGGAGGAUGGAAUCAGGAGCUGGAUCUGGAGCAAGAGGUGGCUGGCUUUGAGGGAGCAGACUUUGACCUUUCACAAGAACGAGACGACCUACCAGGCCGCUGCCCUCAUCUUCCUCAAGGACAUCACCAACGUCACUCGGACUGACUUGAAGCCCUACUGUGUCGAGGUGGAGACAAAGGACAAAACGUACUAUUUGCAAACAAAGAGCGAUGAGGAGCUCUACGGAUGGAUGGACGACAUCUACAGCCGGUCACCUCUUAUGGGCGUCUCAUCGCCGACCGACUUUGUACACCAAGUGCACGUUGGUUUCGACCCAAUCUCGGGUGCCUUCACUGGUCUCCCUGAGCAAUGGACUCGCCUACUGACGACUUCUGCCAUCACCAAGGAAGAUUAUGCCAAGAACCCUCAAGCUGUACUCGAUGUCCUUGAAUUUUACACUGACAUUCAGAAGAGGGAGCGAGAUGACUUCGGAUUGGGUAAUCCUACAAUGAACAUGCAAGCAGGGAAGCCACCAGCCGCUCCGCGCUUCAAUGCUGGAACCGGCUUAGCUGGACAGCGGGGACCGCAGGGAACGCUGGAAGCGUCGACAGGGAUCGAAAUGACGGGGCAUUCUCAGGACGCAUAUGGCGACUUGGCGCCGCCCCGUAUUGAAGCGCCACGAUCAGUAUCGCCAGGCCCUCGCCCUACCAACGCCCCGCCCCCCGCCGCCAGGGAGCCUCGAUCCACAGCUGCGCCCCCUGCGAUAGUGAAUCAUGACGUCUCGACGAUUUCUCAAGCGCCGGGCGCACAUCGUGCAGCUCCUGGCCCACCGUCAUCCUUCAAAGCUACUUCGCCUGCUUCCUCUCAGGACUCGCAGGUCACCGCCCUGAACCUCAAGACCAAGGAGCUGAAGCUAGGUACUGGCGCACCGGGCUCUGACGUACAUUCCUCGUCUUCUUCUCCUGUCAAUACGAAGCUACCUCUGCAGUCCGCUGGUUCCUCCAACGACGGCAAGAGCAUCAGCGCUGCUCGCCAACAGCCAUCGGCACAGAGAGAGGAAACAAAGGCUGCCGCUGCCAAACACCCUCCUCCAGCCGCCUCGGCUGGCACUGCCAAUGGUACCAAGCCUUUGCAGACGGUGAAGAAGGCGCCUGAUGGCACCUCGGUCGCCCGCAAGGAGCAAGAACGUCGCAUUAGUACGAUGAGCGAAGCACAGAUAAUGGACAAGCUGCGCAGUGUCGUAAAUCCAGAUGACCCCAAUCAGCUCUACAGCAAGAUCAAAAAGGUUGGUCAAGGUGCCUCGGGCUCGGUGUACGUGGCGAAGACGCUCGCUACUGGACAAAGAGUGGCCAUCAAGACGAUGGAUCUGAGCCAUCAACCUCGUAAGGAGCUCAUCGUCAACGAGAUCUUGGUGAUGAAAGAAUCACAACACCCGAACAUCGUCAAUUUUCUCGAAUCCUACCUGGUUCGAAACAAUGAGCUCUGGUUGAUCAUGGAGUUCAUGGAGGGAGGCGCUUUGACAGACAUCAUCGACAACAACACACUGGAAGAGGACCAGAUUGCUGCCAUUUCUCUAGAGACUUGCAAAGGUCUCCAACAUUUGCAUGCCCAAUCCAUCAUUCACCGGGACAUUAAAUCGGACAAUGUCCUUCUCGACUCGGCUGGACAUGUGAAGAUCACCGACUUUGGUUUCUGUGCCAAGUUGACGGACCAGAAGUCUAAGCGGGCAACGAUGGUGGGCACUCCAUACUGGAUGGCGCCAGAAGUGGUAAAACAAAAGGAGUACGGCGCCAAAGUGGACAUUUGGUCUCUAGGAAUCAUGGCCAUCGAGAUGAUCGAGAAUGAGCCUCCGUACCUGGACGAGGAACCUUUGAAGGCUCUCUAUCUCAUCGCCACCAAUGGGACGCCGACUCUGAAGAAGCCAAAUCUGCUCAGUGUGGAGCUCAAGGGAUUCCUUGCCGUCUGCCUGUGUGCAGAUGUCAAGAGCAGGGCUACGGCUGAUGAGCUGCUGCAGCAUGGCUUCUUGCGCAAGGCUUGCUCGCAGAGCGCAUUGGCUCCACUGUUGAGGUUCAGAAAUCGAAGUGGAGGUGGGGGUGGUGGGGACAAGUGAGGGUCUGUUUGGAAUGAGCCGAGAGGUACUCUUGGGUACACUCUUGGAACAUGUCGAGUGCAACACAACUGAAUGCGGCACAGAGUUGUUGAAGAGAAGAAGUGCAUGUGUUGCUACGUCGACCAGCCCUGACAAACAUAUAGAAAGGAGGAUUGCGAGGUAGAUCUUGUCCAUCCACCUCCCUCGUCUGCCCUUGAGACCCUUGAUCGUCUGUAGUACUCACUGAGAGCACUAGCAGCGCCGCCCCUUUCGGUCACCUGUACUUUUGUAGACCGGCAGGCAGGCAGGCAGACAGGCAGACAAGCGAACAAGGAAGCAGAGAUGCCGCUGCUGUAGAUUUGGUUUUUGUCACUUGAUUCCCUUGCACUUGCCACGAAGCGUAUUUAUCCUGAUCCACCCUG